UUCUCCCUUUCAACUCUCCUCCAAGUCCAAACUGCCCAGAAUCUCACUCUGAAAACUACAUUUCCUACUCUGCUUUUCUCACUCACUGAUUCACUCCUUUCCCUUUCACUCUCACAAAAGAAAGUAAGAAACACGCAUUUUAUGAAGGCAAGGCACAGAGGCAACAUUAUGGGUUUGUGUGUUUUGGCGUCUUGUUAUGUUACUCCAUCGUUUUCUUGCAAGAAGCUCCCGUGAGGUUCAUGUGAAAGUGGAGAGGGAGAUCUGGGAAAGUGAAAGAAGCUAACAGAGUUAAUGAAAUCAACGUGUAGGGGUUGCCUCUCUUGAUUCAGCAGUAAAGAUUGAAUUUUUAUGCUGGAACACAAGAUGGGUUGCUGUUCUUGAUUUCUGGGUAUGGGGGUUCUUUGAGUUUUUGGUUUGUGGGAGAGUCAUCACUUGAAAUGACUAGCAGUUAGUAGUAGUAUACAUGGGAAGUAGUACCAGUUUGGAGUGAGAAUUUUGGAAGGUGAAGAUUGAUGUCAUUAUUGGUAUAUAGAGAAAAUAAGAGUGAAGUUCUGUUAGUGAAUUGGAAUAAUGAUGUCAUUAAUUAAUGGACAGAUUUGGGAUGCAUCUGGAUUGAGAGAAUGGAGUAUUCUCUGAUCUCCAGUCUUCAUUUCAAGAAUAUUUAUGUGAUGAGAUCGAAUUGAUGUGGUGAUCAUGACAAGGAUUGUCCGGGACCGGAUCCUCAAGGAUGUGAAUGGUAACAUUAGUGAUCAUUUGCGCAAUCAUAUACAUUUGACGAAUUGUAUUCAUUUGAAGAACCAUAUGCAUAAGCAAAGCCCUAUCUUGGCCGAUAGGUCCCUUAUGAGGGACCUUGUCAUCCUUCAAAGAUCGAGGUCCCUGAGGGAUCCUUCUGCAAGCCCACCCUCGUCUCCUUCAGCCGUGGGAGCCCUUCUCAAAAGAGCUGAAAGGGAUUCUGUUAUAAGCAAUGGGAGACGAUCUGUAGGCAUAGAACGUCCAAUGGAGGGUAGAUGCUUUUCUGGUAGCUCCCCUCAAGAGUUUCGUUUUGCAUCUUCUAGAGUUGCUUCGGGUGAAGCUAACGGGGAUAAGAACGAUGGUGCAGCAGCUGCAAGUGAGAGGAGUAGCAAGAGUGGAAUUCGAGAAUGGAGAAGAGUUAGGAGAGAAGAAUCGAGCGGGAGGAUUCUUGGGAAUGAUUUCAUUGCAGGAAGGAAUGAGGUUCCAGAUGAAAUAAAUGGUUUCAUCCAGAACACGAUUUCUAGAAACUGUGAGCAGAGGGAUAAAAGUAUCAAGCAAAAUGGACGGUAUGUGCAAGAUGAUCAUAUUAAGACUCUCUCCGAGCAAUUGAAUGAGUAUCGUGCUGACAGUGAUGAGGUGGCUUCAUCCACGGUUUAUAGACAACACGCUCACACUGAGAAACUUGCAAUGGAAGCUGAAGCAACCGUUCGUAGAUAUUGCAGCGGGAGAGUGAAACGACGCAAGUUUCGAGGUGCAAGGAGAGCCCGGGCAUCAGUUACUGUUCCUCAAAAGGAGAUGUCGGUGGCUUCUAAUUCUCUAGCUCAAGGUGCAUCAAACCCGAGGUAUCAUACUGCAGAAGAGGAUGCAGAUCAAAAUAUCACAAGGGCUCCUAGGAAUGGAUGUGGUAUUCCUUGGAACUGGUCAAGAAUUCAUGACAGGGGCAAAUCAUUUUUGGACCUGGCAGGAAGGAGCUUGUCUUGCGGUUUGUCUGAUUCAAGGUUAAAGAAAGGCGGUGCUAUUGGGAAGGACAUUGCAGCUAUGCCUGUGACAUCUGAGUAUACAAGUUCCUCGGAUAAAUCUGUCGAGGCAUUGCCCCUACUUGUUGAUGCUUCUGGAUCUCUAGGAAGCAAAGACAAUGCUGCUUGGGUUCAUGAUUAUUCGGGAGAAUUGGGUAUCUUUGCUGAUGAUCUACUAAAGCAUGAAAUUGACUCCGACCUUGUGUCUGAAGGAAGAUCCGGUGAGCAACGCAAGUUUCAUCGACACGGUCCCGAGAGGCACCAAAGUCUCACCCAAAAGUAUACGCCAAGGACCUUCAGAGAUCUAGUAGGGCAGCAUUUGGUUGCACAAGCUCUUUUCAAUGCAGUUGUGAAGAGGAAGGUUGGGUUACUUUAUGCGUUCUAUGGCCCUCAUGGUACUGGAAAAACUUCAUGUGCUCGUAUAUUUGCUAGGGCUUUAAAUUGCCAAUCCUCGGAGCAUCCAAAGCCAUGUGGAAUUUGCAACUCUUGCGUUGCACACGAUAUGGGGAAGAGUCGUAAUAUAAGGGAAAUAGGACCUGUCAGUAACUUCGACUAUCAGAACAUUAUGGAUCUUCUUGACAAUAUGAUCUUUGCUCAUCUCCCAUCUCCGUACAGAGUGUUUAUCUUCGAUGAUUGCGAUAGUUUGUCGCCUGAUAGUUGGAGUGCUAUUAUAAAGGUUCUCGAUCGUGCUCCUAGGCGAUUUGUUGUUGUCCUCAUUUGUUCAAGCCUUGAUGUGUUGCCUCACACGAUCAUAUCCAGGUGCCAGAAGUUCUUUUUCCCGAAGUUGAAAGAUGCAGAUAUCAUCUAUACAUUGCAGUGGAUUGCAACCAAAGAAGACCUAGAAAUUGACAAGGAUGCACUAAAGCUCAUUGCUACAAGAUCAGAUGGAUCUUUGAGGGAUGCCGAGAUGACCCUUGAGCAGUUGAGUUUGCUUGGGCUCAGGAUUUCUGUUCCUUUGGUACAAGAACUUGUCGGGCUUAUCUCUGAUGAUAAGUUAGUAGAUCUACUCGACUUGGCACUAUCAGCAGACACAGUCAAUACUGUGAAAAGUUUGCGAGAGGUCAUGGAAUCUGGAAUUGAGCCAUUGGCUUUAAUGUCACAACUCGCCACAGUCAUUACCGAUAUUCUUGCUGGCAGCUAUGAUUUCACAAAAGACAGUCCUAUCAGGAGGUUCUUCCGCCGCCAAUCAUUAUCUAAAGAUGACAUGGAAAAGCUACGUCAGGCUCUCAAAACAUUAUCUGAAGCGGAAAAACAGCUGAGAACAUCAAAUGACCGACUUACUUGGCUUACAGCUGCAUUGCUUCAGCUCGCCCCGGAUCAACAGUACAUCUUACCCACCAGUUCUUCUGCAGGCACUAGCUUAGAUCAAAGCCCCAUAGGCUUAAAUUAUAGAGGUGGACGAGAGAGACCCAGGAAAAGUAAUGCUGAGCGUGGUGAGGUGCUUCCCCGAGAAAGAGGGUUGUCGACAAAAAUUAAGGUGGAAAGCUUUCAAACUGGCAGUACGAGUGACAGUUACAAUGCUUCCAAAACGAGAGGCACAGUUGAUAACAGAAAACUAGGUAGUAGACAAGUAUCUGGUAAACUCCGCAAUGAAGAACUCGAAGAAAUUUGGUUGGCGGUGCUAGAAAAGAUUCAUAUAAAUAGCUUAAAGCAGUUCUUGUAUCAGGAAGGAAAGCUGAUCUCGGUUAGUUUUGGCACAGCUCCCACCGUGCAACUAAUAUUCAGUUCACACGCAACAAAAUACAAGGCAGAAAAAUUAAGACUUCAUAUUUUACAAGCUUUCGAGUCUGUUGUUGGAUCCCCGGUGACAAUUGAAAUUAGGGCUGAUUUAUGGAAAGAUACAAAGGCUCGGCCAAUUAUCUUGCCCCCAUCUCAGGAUGGUAUAUCCCAUACAGAUAACAGCACUAGCCAUCUUGGCAGCCCAAUGCCAUUGACAGUCUAUGAUGGAAGUGGACAAAGGUUUCAAAAAGAUACAGAAGAUUUAGCCUUAACAGCAGUCAACUCCACUGGUAUCGAGAAAAAUGAGAUUAUUGAAGAAGUAAACCGCGAACAUUUCGACAAUGCACGAUUUGAUAGGCGGAGUGUUGAUAAUGAUUCAACUGCUAAGGUUUCCAACGUAACCUCUACUUCAGAUUUAAGAAAAUUGGGGGACAGAAAUCAGAGUCAGAGCCUGGUGAGGAGCCGGGUAUCUCUUGCCCACGUAAUUCAGCAAGCAGAAGGAUGUGUGCCGGAGAGCGGAUGGUCUAAACGCAAGGCUGUUUCCAUUGCUGAAAAGCUCGAACAAGAGAAUCUGAGAUUGGAACCAAGAUCAAGAAGCUUGCUUUGCUGGAAGGCUACUACACCAGUAUCCCACCGAAAGCUCUCGCGCCUCAGAAGCAGAAGUCGGAAGCCAAAAGGUUUACUGAAAUUGGUGUCCUGUGGGAAAUGCCUCUCUGGUAGGUCUCCGAGGCAAUGAUAGAAAAUUCAUAGCAGAUGAUGCAUAUAUAUGCAGGCUUAGCUGCAGGUUCAAUUGCAUUUUCUUGAUUCAUUAGUGUCCUCCCGUCUGAAAAGUUAACUUUCUUCUGUUAAAUGCUUUUCUCUCUAAUAAUAACAUAGAAGGAAUAGAAAGUAGAGAAGGAUUAAAUUUAAAUCUUCUGUUCAUUAGCUUUAGGAUUCUUUAUGUUACCAGCAUAGUGUUUGACUUGAAGUCAUUACCAGUAUUAGUGCAUCUCUUUAUA